AUGAGCUCAAAAGUCAAUGUCUAUGACGUGGAUGGAAAGACAGUCGCCAAAAAAGUUGAGAGGCCUGCAGUGUUCGAUAUUGAAUUGAGAGAUGAUCUUGUGCAGAAAGUGCAUUCACUAGUUUCGCAGAACUCCAGACAGCCAUAUGCCGUUAGUCCGCUUGCUGGCAUGCAGCAUUCGGCAGUCUCGUGGGGAACAGGUAGGGCAGUAGCCAGAGUGCCAAGAGUGAAAGGAAGUGGCACCAGAAGGGCAGGACAGGCAGCCUUUGCGCCUUUUUGUAGAAAAGGCAGAAUGGCACAUCCUACAAAAACCCAUAGAAGAUGGCACAGGAAGACACCACUCUGUCUGAGGAGAACUGUUACUGCCAUGUCUGUCGCCGCCACUGCCAAUCCGGCCAUUGUCGAAGCAAGAGGCCACAGGUGCUCUAAUGUUCCGAUGCUUCCGCUUGUAGUUUCCGACAACAUCAGCAGCCUUGAAAAGACUAAGCAGGCAGUUGAACUCUUAGGCAAUCUUGGACUUGGAGAAGAGUGCCAAAAGGUUAAGGACUCGAAGUCGCUGAGAAGAGGCAAGGGUAAGUUCAGAAAUAGAAGAUUUAUUAGGAGAAAGGGUCUUCUUAUAAUUCAUGAUGGCUCGCAGUUGUCGGCAUUUAGAGGAAUUGUGGGUGUCGAUCAGAUGGAUGUGAAUUCUUUGGACUUACUUGAGCUUUCGCCGGGCGGAAAGAUGGGAAGACUUGUCAUGUGGACGGAGUCUGCAUUCAACAAACUGUCCUCCCUUUUUGGUACAUUUGCUACUGAGUCCGAGAUUAAGAAGGGCUAUUCACUUCCUCUUCCUCUUGUUACCUCCGAUAAUCUUGACGAAUAUUUCUACUCCAGUGAAAUUCAAAGUCUUAUUAAAUGCCCCAAUAUGCUGCCGUCUGAGGAUACAGUGAAGACUGAUGCAGAUAUUGCACAGGCCAAGGAGUUUAUUGGAAUGUAUGAGAAAAUCGUAGCCAAUUAA